AUGGGUCUGAGGAUUGCUCUUUAUCUUCAUCUGCUGUGUAUACUCAGCAAAGCUGCUUCCAAGAAAGGUGUAAAAUGCGGAGGAAUCCUCGCUCCUUCCUCCAGCGGAAACAUCUCCAGCCCUAAUUUCCCAGGUCUUUACCCGUACAACGUCGAUUGUUCCUGGCUGAUCGUGGUGCCCGAGGGUUCGUCCGUGCUGCUGACGUUCCAGCACUUUGAGCUGGAGUACCACGCCGACUGCGCCUACGACUACGUCAAAAUCUACAACGGCGUCUCGGCGGACGAGGGCAACCUUCUGGGGAAGUUCUGCGGAGACGCCUCGCCUCCUCAGUUCAGCUCCUCCUGGAACAUCAUGUCCAUCAUCUUCCACUCCGACCGCCACGUGGCGUACACGGGCUUCCUCGUGGGAUACAGGAAAGAUACGUGUGGCGGCGUGUUGACGGGACUCUCGGGUGUGAUCUCCAGCCCGGGGUACCCGCUCGAGUACAGUAAUAACGCAGAGUGCUCGUGGACGAUCCACGUGUCCAACCGCAGCGUCGUCACUCUGGUCUUCCUCGACUUCCAGCUGGAGAAUAACGAAGGCUGUAACUUUGACUACGUCGCACUGUUCGACGGCCCGACAGUCCGACACCCCCACCUCGGGAAUUACUGCGGAAACAAGCGACCGCCCAGCACCGUCUCCACGUCCAAUCAGCUUCUGAUCGUGUUUAAGUCAGACUUUAAUAUUGGAGGAAGAGGAUUUAAGGCUCAUUAUUACUCGGGCGAGUGCCAGCAGGUCCUGAAAGCCAUCAACGGGAACUUCACCAGCCCCAGUUACCCCAACAUCUACCCCAACGACAUGAACUGCCACUGGAGCGUGGCUCUGCCCCCGGGCUACAGGAUCAAACUGUUCUUCCCGGUCCUGGAGCUGGAGGAUCAGAACAGUCUGACCGACUCCUGCGAUUUCGACUCCGUAGCGGUGUACGACGGUGACAGUGAGACGGACGCCUUGCUGGGACGCUGGUGUGGGGCCGAACGGCCUCCGCCCCUGACGUCGAGGGCGAACAAACUUCUGGUGGUCCUCGGAACGGACCGGAACGUCGCGUUCAGGGGUUUCUCCGCUUCCUAUAUGGGAGUGGUGCCAGUGAACGUGAGCUGCACCAGAACCGAGUUUCAGAUCCAGAUCUCCCAGCAGGCCUUGCCCCAGCUGGACCGCGAGAGCGUGUAUCUCGGAAACCCGUCCUGUUCGGCCCAGAUGACGGCGACGAGCUACAAGAUUCUGGCUCGCUUCGUCAGCUGUGGAACCGCUGGACAGGACGAGAGAGCAGCCGUUUAUAGCCGCUAG